CCGGGGGCGGGGCGGUGCCGGAGCGGGCGAGCGGCGGGGCGCGGCACGGAGUCCCGUUAGAAGCAGCGCGGAGCCACCAGCGGCGCAGUCGGAGCGAGCUGCCCAGCGCCGUCCGCCGCCAGGAUGCCGAAAACGAUCAGUGUACGUGUUACCACUAUGGAUGCUGAGCUGGAGUUUGCCAUCCAGCCCAACACUACAGGGAAGCAACUCUUUGAUCAGGUCGUCAAGACAAUUGGUCUAAGAGAGGUCUGGUUUUUUGGACUUCAGUAUCAGGACACCAAGGGCUUUCCGACAUGGCUGAAGUUGAACAAAAAGGUAACAGCACAGGAUGUACGCAAAGAAAGCCCCCUGCUUUUCAAAUUCCGUGCCAAAUUCUAUCCAGAGGAUGUGGCAGAAGAGCUGAUCCAGGACAUCACACAGCGCCUUUUCUUCCUCCAAGUGAAGGAGGCAAUUCUGAAUGAUGACAUUUAUUGCCCUCCAGAAACAGCUGUCCUUCUGGCUUCAUAUGCCGUCCAGUCAAAAUAUGGAGACUUCAACAAAGAAGUGCACAAGGCUGGCUACCUGGCUAGUGACAAAUUGCUUCCGCAGAGAGUCCUGGAGCAGCACAAGCUUAACAAGGACCAGUGGGAAGAGCGGAUCCAGGUGUGGCAUGAGGAGCAUCGAGGAAUGAUUAGAGAAGAUGCUGUCUUGGAGUACUUGAAAAUUGCACAGGAUCUGGAAAUGUACGGUGUGAACUACUUCAACAUUAAGAACAAGAAGGGCUCGGAACUCUGGUUAGGUGUAGAUGCUCUUGGACUCAACAUUUAUGAGCAGAAUGACAGGCUAACGCCGAAAAUUGGAUUCCCUUGGAGUGAGAUCAGAAAUAUCUCAUUCAAUGACAAGAAAUUCGUUAUCAAGCCUAUUGACAAGAAAGCACCAGACUUUGUAUUCUAUGCCCCUCGGUUACGGAUUAACAAACGAAUCUUGGCACUUUGCAUGGGGAACCACGAGCUCUACAUGCGCAGGCGUAAACCAGAUACCAUUGAGGUGCAGCAGAUGAAAGCACAGGCUCGGGAAGAGAAGCAUCAGAAACAGAUGGAGAGAGCCCUGCUGGAGAAUGAGAAGAAGAAGAGGGAGUUGGCAGAAAAGGAGAAAGAGAAGAUUGAACGUGAGAAGGAAGAACUAAUGGAGAGACUCAAGCAGAUUGAGGAGCAAACCAAGAAAGCUCAGCAAGAACUGGAAGAACAAACCCGCAGAGCUAUGGAGCUGGAACAGGAGAGAAAACGAGCUCAGGAGGAAGCAGAGAAGCUGGCUAAAGAACGUAGAGAAGCAGAAGAGGCAAAGGAGGCCCUAUUGAAAGCAUCCCAUGAUCAACAAAAGACCCAAGAACAGCUGGCUGCUGAGAUGGCGGAACUCACAACUAGGAUCACACAGCUGGAGCUGGCCAGGCAGAAGAAAGAGAGUGAGGCCCAGGAGUGGCAACAGAAGGCACAGAUGGUGCAGGAGGACCUAGAAAAGACCAAAGAGGAGCUGAAGCAUGCCAUGAGCACCCCUCACGUCCCUGAGCCCAUGCACUCGGAGAAUGAGCAUGAUGAUGAGCAGGAUGAGAAUGCAGCAGAAGCUAGUGCUGAGCUGCGGUCAGAGGCUACCAUCAAGGACCGUAGUGAGGAGGAGCGCACCACUGAAGCAGAGAAGAAUGAACGGGUCCAGAAACACUUGAAGGCUCUUUCCUCGGAGCUGGCAAAUGCUCGGGAUGAAACCAAGAAGACAGCCAAUGAUAUGAUCCACGCUGAGAACAUGCGCCUGGGCCGAGACAAGUACAAGACCCUCCGUCAGAUUCGACAGGGCAACACCAAGCAGCGCAUUGAUGAGUUUGAGUCCAUGUAAACUCUCCCCUGCACCUGCUGCCCUGUGCUCUUCUUCUCCCCUCUUUCCCAUCCUCUCCUAUCAUUCACUCAUCAUUGUGCUGCGCUGGAACCACUACAGAAGAGUGACCAUGGUCUUACUUAUCAAGUUUUGGGUAAAUGCUGGAGUUAAGCAACAGAAGAAAGAACAGUAUUUACUUCUUUCUGGGGUGGCUUGGGAAACAUGUAUUGGGGCAAAUCUGAAAUUGUUUGGCUUUGGAUAAAGUCUCACUGCAUUUUGUGUUUUGGUUACUGAAGUGGCUGUGUUGCUGCCCUCCCUGUUGGGUGGGGAGGCUGGCAGACACUCCUACUGACUUAUGUAUGGUAAAGUGCUAACAGUUUGACACUUUGCCUUCCGACUAACUUGCGCUAGCUUCAGUAUUGGGCUUAGUAGCCACGGUCUGAAUUUCUGACUUAAUACAGAGUCUGAAUCGUGGAGUUGAGAAGGGAAGUCUGGAACUUAGGAAGAAGGAAUGGAGGUAGAAUAUGGGUUUUCUCUCUAAAAGACCAAAGCGCUUCAAGUGUAAGCAGACCAAACAGGUUCAGACGUGUUCCUGCUGGUGUUACCUUUUGUUGUUUAAUUAUUGAACUUCGACUUUUUUAGUCAUGAGAGGCCUCUGGAACACUUCUACUGAUGCAAUGUGGUUUGGAACCUUGACUUCCGUGCUUCCAGAAGUUUUGUCUCUGGUGAAUGGCUUUGUUCAUUGUCAUUUGUCUGAACUGAAUGUAACCAAUGAGGCAGAGAGAGCUGAAGAACAUUGCCUUCCUUUUUGGGUUUGCCAGUGGAAACCUGAAGGGGUAGGUAGAAACGUAAAAAACUAAAAAUUCUUGUGAUCAUGUUCCCCUUUGCUGAACCAGUGCAUGUAUAGUCAUGUGAAUAUGAUCUCUGUUUUGUUCCUGCCCACCCAAUAGGCCUUUUUAGGACAUAGUCACUGGUGCCUUAUGACUGUGUAUAGAUCUGCUGUAGCUCAGAUGUCUUUUUAUGAUUGCAUCUAGUUUUAAACUAAAGAGAUCAGCAGCUAGGGACCAAAAACUGCUCUUGUAUCUGAGACCUGUACAAGACUGCAUCUGUUUUCGUGGCUCCAAGCAGCAUUUGGGGGGAGAGGAUCCAGAGGUAUUUAUCCAACUGCUGCCUUAAUCCUCACUAGCAUUCUUCCAGAUCCUUGGCUCAAGUACUUUUCCUUCCCCAGGAGGAUGCUUUGCCUCAUUGUAGCUUUGCAAAUAGAAGGCUUUGUCUCUUAGAAAUGGGACGCUAGUGGUUGUGGGACUGGCCCCGAGAGCCAUUUGUACCAGUUGAUGCGUAUUAAAACACCUCCUGUCUUAGAAGCUCUCUGUGCUAUAGCUGCCCAGAAUCCUUCCUGCCGUUUCUGGGGAGGAAACAGACAUGUAUGCUCAGGGUUGAAUUGGAUUUUUGCCUUGAUCCUUCAUAGAAGGAAAUCUUAACCUUCAGAAGAGGCCUCUUAAAAAUGGAUUCCACUUACAAUGGAGUCCUCCUUUGUUUUGCUCUCUUUGGAUUAGCCUGUCCCUGUAGGAAGUCAUUAGGCUAGCCUGUGAUGCAUCUUCUUGCCUAGCACGAUCCUAAAUCUUGUGACUUUCUCUGUUUUGUGGAUUCCCCCUUUGUAUGGUGUCACUGCUAGUGGUGAGAGAAGGGAAACAGCUGACCGCUAGAGGCCUUUCGGCUCCCUGCUCUGUGGGAACCGUAAAGGGGGACUGUGCCAAAAAUAAAUGUUCCACGAUAGUGGUAAUAAACUGCAGUAUUUCCCCAAGAAUCCCUUGGGCUGGAAACAACCUUACCAGUGCUGUAUUAUUUUAUUUUUUGGAAGUAAUACAAGUCUGGAGACCCACACAAAUGCCAACCAACAAACCUCUGUUAGGAGCAUUCUUAAGCGUGUUGCUUCUAAACAUCCCAAUGGAUCCUGUGGGAGCUGCCUUCCCCCUGGACACAGCCUGCAUUUUGAGGGGGCACAUGGUGAGUGCUUGGUUGUCUGAAACCACGUCUCAGUACUUUGAAAGUCACUGGUGAAAGCUGGCAGUUCUGUCUGUCAGAACUGGUUUGCAUGUUUCUGUACUGAAGGGUUGUUGGCACUGCUCUAUGUGAGCCUCAUUACUGGGGGAAGAGACAACCUUUACACUUCUGUUUUGGUGCUUUAAAGCUGGUUCUCAGCACUUCUGCUCUUCUGUGGCAACUAUUGAUGCAUUUGAGGGGAGAAAAGCCUUUAUUACAUUUUAACAAUUUCCUAACAAGUGGUUGUAUGGUGCCUGGAAUAUGUGUUCAAAUAAUGAACUAGUAAGCCUUUUCUGCUUUGAUCUCACAGCACUGCUGAACUCAUGUAUUAUGAUGCUGGCGUGACUUCUGUUUAUAGGAUUUUUUUAAUCGUUCUAAUUCCAAAUGGUCCAAUACAGGAAUAGAACGGCUUGUGCCAGUGAGUUCACCUAACUCUUUGUAGUUGUUUCAGCCCUGCCUUCUUCUUAACCAGUAUUAUAUUCCAGUGGUAUCUAAAGAUAUUUGAUUUCAAUACUUCUAGCUAUGCACAAUUAGAAAAUAUUAGUCAUGGGAUUGAGGAUAUGUUUAUGGUCCCCUUUCCCUUGGAAAUGUAUACUGUAUUGUAAAGAAAUGAUAUUUUGCAGGAAAACUAAUGUAUGAAGCUUUCAGUAUUAUGGUGAGACUUGUAGACACAUUUUUUAUUUGUUAGAAUACAGUGAAUUAUUGUUCUUCCUCUCUGUGUUCAGAUUUUAUUGGGUAACUGCUCUUCUUGGGCAUGGAGGGAGGGAAGUACUUUAUCAAAUGUUUCCUGGCUUGUUUAUUCUUGUUUUAUUUUUGAUGCUGUAAAUUAUGUUGAGGUUUUUUUGACCAGUCUUUUUACUGGAUUAUAGUAAGACAUCAGUCCCUUAAGGCUGUGGAGUAAUUCAUGGGUCCAUGUGCUUGUCUGCAGAGAGAAACUUGAUGCUAAGGCAUUUUUUUCUUGUUUGGAGGAAUUGUUAAAAUCUAUACCCUGUUCCUAAAGUGCCAAUAAAGUUCAGAGAAAUUCA